AUGCGCCGCGAAGUCUUCGAGAGCAUUGAGAACCGCGCGGACGUGUCGCCCUCGGAGCCGCCCUCCUGCUGCUUCUUCACCCUCACCAACUCGCGGCAGAGCUGCUGCUCGCUCGCGUUUGACCCCUGGACCAGGCACGCGGCGGCCGGGUUUGCGGACUCGUCCAUCCGGCUGUUCAACCUGCAGUCCCUGGGUAGGGCGCGCACCCUUCAGGCAAAGCAGCUGCAGCGGCGCUCCGACGCGCGGCGGCAGCGGCGGCAGCAGCAGCAGCCGCAGCAGGGAGGGGAGGACGGGUGGUACGACGCUGACGAGGACCCGGCGGACGAGCAGGAGGAGUUGGAGGAGGAGCUCGCUGACCUGGCGGACCGCGCCGCCACCCACCUGUACGGCCACACCGCAGCCGUCCAUGACCUGGACUUCACCGCAGACGGCCAGCUGCUGCUCUCGGCGGCCGGCGACGGCGCCGUUCGCGUGUGGAGCCCCGAGCUGCGGCGCUGCCUCGCAGCGUACCGCGGGCACGUGCUGCCGGUGUGGGCGGUGGCGGCUUGCCCCAACGGCGGUUACUUUGUGAGCGGCGGCGCGGACAGGACGGCGCGGAUCUGGGCGACAGAGGUUGCCGCGCGGCCGCUGAGGGUGCUUGCAGGCCACGCGUCGGACGUGGAUGUCGUGGGGUGGCACCCCAACAGCCACUAUGUCGCGACCGGCGGCGCCGACCGCAGCGUGAGGCUGUGGGACGUCCGCCGCGGCCGCGCGGCGCGCGUCAUCGGCGGCGUCGGCGGCGGCGGCGGCGUGACGGCCCUUGCGUUCGCGCCGGACGGGCGCCACCUGGCAGCGGCGGCGGAGGACGGCAGCAUCGGCGUCUACGACAUUGCCUCGGCAAAGCGCGUGGCCCUGCUGGAAGGCCACGAGGGCCCCGUCUGGUCGCUGUCAUACAGCCGCGGCGCUGGCUCCGUCCUGGCCUCUGGCGGCGCCGACCUGACCCUGCGGCUGUGGAGCGCCCCCGCCGCAGACAAUUCGAUGGUGGCGCUCGUAGCGGGGGCGAAGGCUGCGGCGAUGGUGGGCUCUGCUGGUGCUCCUGGCGGCGCGCGCCUGUCGGAGGACGGCACGGCGGCCGGCGGCGGCGGCGGCGGCGGCGGCGGCGGUCAGCAAGCGCAGCUCGGUGGGGGAGGCGGGCAGGGGGGGCAGCGGCCGUACCAGCAGCUGCGCGUGUGGCGCACGCGCGCGACGCCAGUGGCGCACGUGGCGUUCAGCCCGCGCAACCUGCUGCUUGCCGGGGGUGCGUGGGCGCUGCGGCCGCUGCGCAAGUAG